AUGCGUACUAACCAGAUUGUGAAAUAUACUCUCUUUACCUCCUGCUACCUCUUCUGGGUAGCCAGUGGGCUCAUGGUGGCUGUUGGAAUUUACGCCAGGCUCUCAAAGGAAGCAGGUGCUGUGGACUCCUUGUUGGCUGAUCCCUCCAUAAUUCUUUUAGCAGUGGGUACCCUGAUUUUCUGCAUCACCUUUGUGGGCUGCUUGGGAGCCUUACGGGACCUCACACUAAUGCUGAAAAUGUUUGCCUGGAUCUUGCUCAUCAUUUUCAUUCUGCAAGUGGUGGCUGCAGUUUUAGGCUUCAUCUUCUCUGGCAUGGUGAUGGAAAAAGCCACAUUUUUGAUGGGCCAGGCCAUCUCCCGCUAUCGUGACAACCUUGAUUUACAGAACCUCAUCGACUACAUUCAGAAGAAGUUCAAGUGCUGUGGGGUUCACUCAUACAAGGACUGGUCCCAGAAUAUUUAUUUUGACUGCCAAGACACCAAUCCCAGCCUGGAGCGUUGUGCGGUGCCUUUCUCUUGCUGUCUGCAAGAUAAAGAGGUUAUGCUAAACACCAUGUGUGGCUAUGGGACACAGAAUCUUAAAGGCUGGCAAGCAGAGAACUUGGUGUACACAGAGGGCUGCCUAGAGAAGAUUGUCCACUGGGGACGGAGCAACCUGUUGCUGAUGGCUGGGCUGGCAUUUGGAUUGUUGGUGUUGGAGAUGGGGAAAAGAGAAAAAAUAACCCUUACUCUCCUCACCCAUAAAAGAUUAAGCCUAAUGCUGUAA